AUGUCUACGUCUACUCCGUACUUGCCCUUUACCGAUGUCGUUCCCUCCUCGACCGCAUCCGUCGCCAACUCGUAUAGGCCACCUCUGGCGACAGGCACAGGGGGAGCUCGUCCCGCCAACACCGCCUCUGCCACCCACUAUGCAUACGGAAAUCCGAACCCCACGACCCCCGCCUUUCUCAGCGACUACCAAUGGAUCGCAACAUACCUCGCCAUCCACAAGAUGAGCACCACGUCCUAUCGAUAUGCUACAUGCUUUGGCUCGCCGUUACACUUGUAA